UUUCUAUUAGUCAGAUAAGUCACCAUGAAGGCCCUGAUAUUCCUGGCGUUACUUGGAGCAGCGUUUGCUGAGGAUGAAAAGAUCGUCGGAGGUUACGAGUGUCCCAGACACUCCGUUCCAUAUCAGGUGUCUCUGAACGCCGGGUAUCACUUCUGCGGCGGGUCCCUCAUCUCCAGCCAGUGGGUGGUGUCAGCUGCCCACUGCUACAAGUCUCGCAUCCAGGUUCGCCUCGGCGAACACAACAUUGCUGUGAAUGAGGGCACGGAGCAGCUGAUUGAUGGCGCCAAGAUGAUCAAGCACCCGCAGUACAAUAGCUACAAUCUGGACAACGACAUCAUGCUGAUCAAACUGAGCCGCCCUGCCACCCUCAACAGCAACGUCCAGACCGUGUCUCUGCCCUCGCGUUGCCCCGAGGCCGACGAGAACUGCCUGGUGUCCGGGUGGGGCAACACCUCCGCCAACGGAAACAACUUCCCUGACAGGCUGCAGUGUCUGAGGCAGCCCAUCAUCGAUGACCGGAUCUGCAAAAACGCCUAUUCCACCCUCUUCACCGAGAACAUGGUUUGCUCAGGAUUCAUGGCUGGAGGUGCCAGCAGCUGCCAAGGAGACUCUGGUGGUCCUCUGGUGUGUAAUGGUCAGCUGCAGGGAGUUGUAUCCUGGGGUUACGACUGCGCCAUGCAGGGACACCCCAGCGUCUACGCCCGUGUGUGCCGCUACAACAGCUGGAUCAGCACCACCAUGCGCAACAACUAAACACCUACACUCAUACAUUGAUGCUUACAGGCUGACAUUACAACACCAUGAUCA